AUGGUGGUCCUGUGUCAGGAUGGUGCGCGCGGUGUGAUUGAAAGCGCAUUCUCAGCUCUUGACGAAGUCUAUGUUCUCAAGCACGGCUCCAAACAGGCAGUAAAGCUGAACACAAACCAGAUCUCCUUCCUGGGUGAGUGGUCAGAUGCAGUUGAGAUCAUCAAUUCCGUGGAGGUCCCGCCAGAUGUCGAGGCUAUCCUCGGAACAGAGCAACUGGAGCAACUGCAAGAGUUGGCGGGACAAGCUCCAGUCCACCUGGAAGCCAUGCCGCAGGAGGGCGCUCAUGGAGCUGUGGCACAACUCGUCAUUGGCCCAAGCACAGCAAAGGCUGUGAAGGCGGCAGUGGACACCAUUGUCAGCCACGUCGAUGGGCUGGACUAUCCGGAGGCCAGCUACGCAAAGGCUGCCGCUGACGGCACAGCUGGGGCUCUGGCGGUGUCCGCUGCCAGCUCUGUGGAUUCGUGUAACCUGGUUGCUGCGGGUGACCAGUGGAUGGCUCCGAUGCCAGCUACACAAGCCGCGCCAUUGCUGUAUCCACCGGGCUCGCCGCCAGUAAUGAUGGUCCCGGUAUGGCCAGGCUCGGCCGGAGCAUCCUUGACGUGGGCACAAGCAGGGUUGCCCAUGGCAGACCAAAGUUUUUUGGGCAGCUCUGCGUCCUGGACCGACCCACCUCAGACGGUGGAGGUUUCAGUGGAUGCAGAGCCACCACCGGUGCAAGAGAUCCCUCUGAGAUUGGAUCAGGCAGAGCCAACGAAGCAGGAGAGGCCAGCUCCAGCGGCUCCACCAUGGCGCAACAAGGAGCUCCCACCGCCUCCUGAGAAGAAGCUCGCACCGGAGAAGCUUUCAGAGAGGCAGACUGAGGUGGCUCGAACUGGCACCACCGUCAAGCGAUACAGGCCAUCAGCCUUGGCAGGGAAGAGGCGACGCGAGGUGAACGUGAAGCAGGAGGUGGAAGAGCAGGAUGAGGAGGCUGGUGGCCUCAAGGCUGCCAAGGUUGUGGAUGAGGACAGUCGAUCUCGACAACAUGGAGUGGCUGCAGCGGUCUGA